AUGGCAUACAGUAGUUCUUCAGCUGCAUCACAGACUCCUGAGUAUCAUGUUGGCAGCUUUCCUGCCCCUGGUCUUCGCCAGAUAGUCAGACACAUCACUGGCCACCGCGAAGAUGGCAAAGCCCAUUUCCUAACCUCAGACCACGGCGAGCACUAUCGUUUCAUGGGUGAGAACAAAGCCGUGGCCAACAUCAUCUACUCCACUCGAGAAACACCCGUCAAUCUGAACGAAGACGUUGAUGUCGUCAAGGCUAAGCAGGAAGAGCCUCCUUUCCACUACCGCAACGGGUCUAUUGUCCGUAUGAUUGACUUUGGUCCUGGUAUUGAGUCUCCGUUCCAUCGGUCCCUGACCAUUGACUACGGUAUUGUCAUUGAGGGAGUCUUUGAACUGACCCUCGACUCUGGAGAGAUGCGUAUCAUGCGACAGGGAGAUGUCUGUGUCCAAAGAGCUACUGCACAUAAGUGGAAGAACAUCACGGGGAAUGAGACCAUGCCAGGACGUAUGAUGUGGAUUUUGCUCGAUGCUGAAGAGCUUAGCGUAGGUGGGAACAAGGUAGAGGGGUAUCUUGGUACUUUGGAGAAGGAGUAUCAGGGUCGGGGCCACUAUUGA